CGAGCCUUACCCUUCAGGAAGUCGCCGGAUGGUGUCGACUGCCUGCCUGCUUUGCUUCGUGCGUGUUGCCUUGUAUACUACGUACUUCUUCCUUUCGUCUAUGUAUCCUGCCAGACUAUCCAUAUUUGAUUGACCGACCAGCUGCGCCGUCCUCCUCUCCCCCCUUCCCUCUCCCGACCGUCUAUCCUGAAAAACACCCGAUCACCGCUACACCACCACAACAGUCUACAACUUCCAACAUCCAACAAACUAUACAUACGCACCACCUCUCCUCGAACCACCCCAAUCGUCCUGAAUCCCUCAAUCCCUCACUCCCACAGUCACCAUGUCCCAAGCCAUCUCCGCCCGCAGCGCUUAUCGGCAACUCCUCCGCGCCACCCGCAUCGCCUUCCGCAAUGACAUCCGAGUCAUGCUCGGCGCGCGCCAAGAAGCCCGCCGCAACUUCGACAACCACCCCCGGGUCGGCAUCGACACGCCCAUGCAGAUCAAGCACGCCGUCGAGGUGGCGGAUAUCCUGAAACAUAAUAUCGUGCAGGGCGUGCGGGAGAAGGGGGAUGAGGAUGCGAAGUGGGAACUCCGCAUCCACGAUGAUAUCGAGCGUGGCGAUAAUGAUUCGAUUCGCGUGAAUGGGAAGCAGGUUAAGGUUGACAAGCCUUGUUCGUCGUAGGGGUGUGGCAUGGGUGGUAUGGAUGGUUGUUGUUGAUUGAUGAGACUUGAUUCUAUGGCUGGGUGAAGCAUGGCUCAAGCAUGGCUAGUGGCUGCUGGGUGAAAGCACAACUGCAGACUGGAUUGUAUUAUAGUAUACCCGAACUUUUCUCUCUCCUUCCGGCGUCUUUCUUUAGGGUGUGGGGUGGGGGUAUUUUUUAUCGUUUGAUCAGAUCAAAACAACAAUGUAGACAAAACAAUAAAUAUACAGUAC